AUGUCAUUCAACGGGGCCGCUGGGGCAGCCGCUCCCGGCGAUGGCGGUCAAGAGGUCGUCUCCAAGAUCCACGAGGCCCUCAAAGUCGUCCACAGCCCUUACUCGCCCAACCAAGCCCGGCAAGAGGCCCAAUCCUUUCUUGAAGACGUCAAAUCACUCGCCGAGGCGCCUUCGCACGGCUUCACGCUCGCCUUCAACAGGCCGCAAGAGCCCAUCGUUCGCCACUAUGGCCUGUCGCUACUCGAACAUUCAGUGAAGCAAAACUGGGAGGAAUAUAGCCCCGAGCACCAGGAAUACCUCCGCUCGUGGGUACUGCAGCUAGCUGAGACUGUCUCCGCCGAAGACCCCCCGUACCUCCGGAAUAAAGUUGCCCAGCUGUGGGUGGAAGUAGCCAAGCGUGCGUGGGUGUCUAGCUGGAUGGACAUGGACUACUUGUUGGUUCGCAUCUGGCGAGGGUCCGAUUCCCCUGUACACAAGCAACUCGUCCUCCAAAUACUUGAGACGCUCUCUGACGAGAUCUUCAACGGAGACGAUGCGGUGGUUGCCCUCCGGGAAGGGGCGUUGAGCAAAGCAUGCGUGGAGAUCUUCACACCGGCCUCAAUUCUGUCGGACGCUUUCCCCAACCGUCAGGCCGGCCCAGAUGUGCGGUGCGAAGGGGACGGGUGGCUCAAUAGGAUAACACAGCUCAUCACCGAAUGUCUCGGCAGCGUGGAGCACAAUGAAGAUGUUAGGGCGUGCGCUAUCAAAGCACUUAAUGUCCUCAAUUCGGUGGUAUCUUGGGCCAUUCCUAAAGCAUUAACCGCCGUUGGUUGUCGCCCAGUAAUGUGCAACUGUCUCGCGACUCCGAAUGUAUCCCUGCAGAAGGCUGCUCUCGAAGCCUUACACACUCUCUACAACCGGUCGAGCUUUGCUGAGGAAGAAUUUGUUGACCUCGUUGUACCCAUGUACAGCGAUGUUAUGGUCGACCUCUUCCGGCGAUUGUUCGAAUGGUCGGCGGUAGACGCCCAGGACAUUGACGAUGACAAGUACCAGUUUGCCAAGAAGUUCUCCGAGACUCUCUGUUCCCUAGGAAACUAUUUGGACCGUAAAUUUGGCGCUAUACCGCCCCAAACCAACAUCCAGCGUUUCCUAGAGCUUUUAAUGUUGGUAGUGCAGAGCCAGAGCCUCGUCGUUUCGAUCCCCGUGCUGCUUACCUGGACACGCCUUCUUUCUCACCGGUCACUUGGACCCGCGGCCGCGGAGAUGCCAUUCAUCGUCAACCUCCUGGAGUUAUGCUGCGCCCGCUUGAUUCGGUACGAGAGUUUCCCCGAGGACACUGAGGACCCUGUUUACGUCCUACUUGUGGAGGAUACAGACACAAUUCCAGAGAGACACGCCUUUCUUGGAAAUUACCGGCGGUAUUGCUGCUCUGUUAUCGAGAGCAUUGUCCACCUCAAGAUGUCCGAUGCGUUCUCGCAUAUCUUGGGUCGGGCGGAGCGUGCCUUCAAUACUCUUUAUGAUGGACAACCCCCACUGAACCCUGCCAACUACUCCAAGACUUCUCCACCUGUGCUUACCGUCGACGCUCAUGCAACCGUGAUUGAGGCUGGCCUCAAAGGCUAUGACAAAUGGAGGACAUCCCGCAGCCGGACUGCGGAGGAGCAACAAGCGGCAUCUGUCGAGGAGUAUUUUGAGAAGUGGUGUGGCGACCUUCUAGAGAUGACGUUCGAGGACCCCCUUAUCCGCAAGCGAAUUCUUCAGCUUCUCGUAACCUUCUCAACACGGGCGCUGGACUCAAAGCCCAAUAUCAUGCUCAGAGUGCUCGAGCAUAUCUUGAUGACAUGGCCGGCUUUACAGCCCGAACACAAGGUUUUCAACGACGCCAUUCGUGAUCUCCAAACUGAAAGCAUGGUCGAGCUACAACGGCUCGCAUCUAAGAUGCCGGAUCCCCUUCUUGUGAGUCGCACUCCUCGCCAUAUGGAACUGACCCAUCAACAGGACGUGUAUGAUCAACUUGAGGCAAAGGUCCAAGAGAUGAUCGCUUCGGGUACUCUAGACGAGAAGCGCCAGGUUGCUUACCAAAGCUUCCUCUUUAUUAUCAUUCACCGAGCCACACGUAUCGAUCCAGCCCUGCGGCUCUCCAAACUUACCGCGUUUAUUGAGCCCGUCAAGAACCAAUGGAAAGACGAGUCACUAAAACAAGCCCUUGGAUCCUACAGCGGGUUCUGCGAGCUAUUAGGUCUCGACAAGGUGCAGGAAUAUGUAGUGCGGCGCCGCAUUCAUGAGAAUCGUGACUGGGGCUCUGCAGACCUCGACGAGGAAGGGCUAGCUCUUCAAGCAGAGCUGGAGCAAAGGCAAUCGGCUCUCCCGCUCAGAGUUACCAAGUCGUUCUUGACGUACUCCGUUGAGAGGAUAGAAAAGGGCUCGCCACCUUAUCAGGCAUCUUGCACCCUCUGGCAAGACGGAUUCCAACUCAUCUUACCUGAGCUUCUCAAAUUCUUGAGCUACGCGCACGCGUCGCAUAAUCCCGACAACUGGAACUUGUUACCGACAGAAACGAAACCGGUGGUGGGCCGCUUACUGUCUGACCGAUUUUGGCAGGCGGGCAUUUCGGAAGGCAGUAAGGACGACUUUUAUGCCAGAGUGCUAGGGAAGAAGAAUACUCUCGAAGGGCUUGCGUCAACGAUCCGUGGGACUGUUCGGUUUGUGCGCGAGACCUGCUACGCCAUCAUAUAUUGUAUGACUCGGCUGGACAUGCAGUUCUACGGGUUUAUGGAGCUCCCUGGGCCGUUGGCAAAUGCUUUAUUUGCUGACGCGGUCUACCUUUCUUCUCACCAGGUCAUUAACCUGUUGACAUUGGUGAGGUUUCUGGUCGACAAUUGCCCGAUGGAGUUACGGGAGCACUUUGUCCCCCCGAUCUUGGCCACCUGUUUUGAGCAGAUGGAUACAAAGAUCAGCUCCGAGUGGGGGAAGCUCGGGAGCCGAGAGGAGGUCCGAGCGGCAGCGGACGAGUUAACCGAGGAGAUGAAGGCGGAAAGUAUUCUGAGGCAGUUGACGUAUUCUGCGGUGCUCAUGGUUGCAGAUGUCCUUGAUCCGGCCAGGGAUGCAUCAGGUGAGAAGACGGAGGAGGCGACAUCGGGCGGAAAAUACCCGCCGCUGCGGACAUUCUGCCUCAUGAAUCCCUCCAUUGCGGUUCCGCUCCUCGUCUUUUGCAGCCAUGCGAUCCGAAUGCACGACGGGAGAUGCUGCGGCGUAGUCCUGCGUGUUUUCCGGUCAAUUGUGCCCGAAUUCAGCCCUUCCGACCUCUCCAAGACCCUCAAGGGCACCGGCCACACCGCACCGCUCGAAGAAUUCCCAAUCCCAGAGGAAACGGCGAGGGAGAUCCGAGAGUUCAUUUCUACGGAAGUUAUGAAGGCGGCCGUCUCCUCCCUCCACGACCCUUACUUUGUAGACUCUCAACGGGACCUGGGUGCGCUGAUCGCCCAUAUCCUAGCGUACUACUCGCCUCUGACGUCCACCCCGAGGGAGAUCCUGGUGUCCUUACCCAACAUCAAGCCGGAGGAUGUCGACCGCACAAUCCGGCACGUCUCACAGCCCGGGAUGCACUCCCGUCAGCAACGGGCGUUGGUCCUUGAGUUGCUUGAAGACUUAAAAGGUGUUAGCAUUUCGGAGAUGGGCAGGCUCACCAAGAGCCUUGGGGCAGGAACGUCGGCUCACGGCGGCAAAAAGUCGGGCCGGAGUAAGAUGGCGCAGGAGUUCAUGACGCCGAAUGCUGGCUCGGGGGGCGCCGGGGCCCAGGGCGCGGAUGGUUCGAGGACGGGACGCGAUAAGACGCCGGAUUUGGAUGGGGUCGCGGGCAUGUUUGACGAAGGUCGUUAG